GCCGUCCAAAACGUGAGACUCAUGUGACAGAGAUAGGUCAUUGCGAGCGAGAGUCAGGGGUUUAUUUAACACGUAGCUCUGUCCUCCCCCACUUUCCCAACGCGCAACCAAGACUAGUGCAUCUGCGGGACUCCCUCUUGACUGACUACGUGGAGAUCUCCGGGACACUGCUCCCAUUAUGCGAUAUAUAAUCAUAACAAUGCAAAUGUAAAAUAGAUUACUUAUCUCUACAAAUUGGAGGAAAUACUUAAAUAUUUUUGUGAAAAAUUUCAAGGACUAUUUACUUUCAUUCAAUUUCAUUUGCGUUCUUGAGUGAAAACAUUGGGGGGAAAAAGCUUGCCCUUUCCUGCGUCAUUUGGAGUAGCUUAAAGAGAAUGGAAAUGGAAAGGAUUCCAAGUGCGCAACCCACCCCCAAGCACCAGCAGGCUGAGCUGCCUGACAUGCAAGGGAUGGAUUUCCCUAUGUAUGUAUACAAAUCCCGUCGGGGAAUGAAACGAGGAGAUGAUAGCAAGGAAACCUACAAACUGCCUCACCGACUUAUCGAGAAGAAAAGGCGUGACAGGAUAAACGAGUGCAUCGCUCAGUUGAAAGAUUUAUUGCCCGAGCACCUGAAACUUACAACUCUUGGCCAUCUGGAGAAGGCUGUGGUUUUGGAGCUCACACUUAAGCAUGUGAAAGCUCUAACCACUCUACUGGAAAACCAGCAGCAGAAAAUCCUCAGUCUGCAGAAUGGCAUGCAAAUCGAGCAGUCCUCUCCCAGCCAGGAGAACAGUGAGGAGAUCUUCCGCUCAGGCUUCCAUGUCUGUGCCAAGGAGGUGCUGCAGUACCUGGUCAACCAGGAGGGUCACGGUGACCUUACACCCUCCCACAUGGUCAACCACCUGCACAAGGUGGCCACUGAGGUCCUCCAGGGUCCUCCCUGUAGCCCCUGCAAACCCCGGUCUGAAGAGACCACCAUCCACUACCAACAUCAUCAGGCCCACAGGGAGAAGCCUGCAGACCAGCCCCCCAAGCCCAGUGAAGGCCAUGGGAAGAACUGCGUUCCCGUCAUCCAGCGGAGGUAUGCCCAUGCGGGCGGUGAGCAGAGCGGCAGCGAUACAGACACAGACAGCGGCUACGGUGGCGAGCAGGUUGAGCAUCUGGCGUCGCAUGCAGGGUAUUACGGCCAGGAGAGACAGCUGAAGAGGGCACUGGGAGAAAAGAGGGCGUCAUUUUGCAUUAAGCAGGAAGAUGAGGCGUGCCACAAACGCAGCCGGGUCGAGUCAUCCGAGGACGAGUCUCUCUCAGGCGGAGAGUCAUCCUCAUCCUCCUCCAGCGGCCACGGCAGCUACAUGAGCGCCUACUCCCCUCACCAGGCCCAACCUCAUCCCCUUUGCAUGCCCUUCUACCUCAUCCCCCCCUCUGCCGCCGCCUAUCUGCCCAUGCUGGAGAAGUGCUGGUACUCAGGGGCCAUGCCCAUGAUUUACCCUGGCCUGGGAGGCUCCGCGCAGGGCAUGCCUAGUGACAGGCAUGCCCCCUCUCCCUCGAUCAUGAUGUCCCCCAGGGGGCGCUCUCCCUCUCCCCCUACCGUAGCCCAAAGCCCCAUGGACUCCCCGGCCUUCCUCCAAGUGUUAAAGCAGGUACUUCCCAUGAACCUGGAAACCAAAGACUGAGAGACCACUGAGCACUUACACAGAAAAGUGUUAUUGAACAUAGACUGCUAUGCUGAGAGGAUACAUGGAGGAGAACAUGACCAGACAGUCAGAUCACCCACCACCACCCCUCUCCCCUCAUCCCAGAAGUCAGAAUACAGAAGGGAGACAGAUAGAGCGCAUGCAGAAGGUCUGGUCCCAGAUCGGUGAGGCAUAAUCCACAGCUGCAAACAGAAAAAGAGAAUAAAAGAAAGAGGGAAUGUGUGGAUGGAAGACAGCUCAACCUGUUUCCUAAUCCUCUCUGAAUGUUUGACUUUAUACCCCCACCAGAGUGCUGAGUGCAACAUUGACCCCACUGAUCUGGAUACACACACACACACACACACACACCCACACACACACACACACACACACACACACACACACACACACACACACACGGUUGAAUGUAUAAAUGUAAAAAAGUGGCAGUCCCGUAGAUGUUGCUGCUGUUGAGGUUUCUACAUGCUGUGGACACUGACAGGGCUCAGCUGUACACACACCGUCCUUGUAAACCAUGUCACACCAAAUGUCAAUAGUCACCAUUCACCCAAAGGUUGCUGUCUAUUUACCUUAGGUCACCAUUGCCAUCACUGACACUGCGCUUUGCCCCAUUCCCUAUGACAACAACAAACAUCCUGAGUGAAAUAAUUUCCUUACUGUAUGGAGUUAGUGAGGCCAUCAUGUGACCAUGUCAAGUUGGGAAUUCACUGACAGUUUAGAGGGACUUUUUGUAAUUAUUGUUUAUACUUCUUGUACAUCUCUAUUUUUGAUACGUGUCCUAGCGCUCGAACCAGAGAGAAAGGUUGGACAGUCGUUUUACCACAUAAUAACUAAUGUACAUACUGUAGCCCUGCGCUGACCCUGAUCUGCAAUCUGACUCUGCUCAAGUCAAACCUGGAGUUUAUCAUCCUGUUGCCUUUUACUUGUGAAACACUGAUAAAAGAAAACAUCAGAUGUUUAUGAAAUGUAUUUGGGAGUUGGCGAGAAGUGAAUGUAUAUGUUUUAACAGAAGAUUAGUUUUCUAUAGAAAGAGGUACUUUGAUAUUUUGGGACCUACCAGAAAGAUGUUUGAUGUACAUAUUUUGUCUAUAAAUGUUGACAUACAUUAUAUAAGCGUAUUAAUAAAGUAUUUUAUCUGCUAUGUU